AUGUGCGAGAGACUGGGCAUUCAGAAGGACAUCCAGCACAAGAUCUGGACCUGCUUCGAGCACUCCCUCGUGGCGCACAUCGACCUGAUGAGGGACCGGCACCUCGAUCAACUGAUCUUGUGCGCGCUCUAUGUUGGCGCCAAGUGCGUGUGGCGUAACCAAAUUUGCCACCAAUUUCGAGACCAUCCUAACUGCUACAGAGAGCAGUCUCACAAGAAAAGCCACGUGUAUCGCAGUGUUUACCUGAGACGGAAUGCAGGGCAUGAGGAACGAGGCGACAUCAUCAAGUUCUACAAUGAUGUCUACGUAAGCCGGAUGGCUGAAUUUGUCAAGAGCUUCCGUUCGGGCACAAAGAUGAAUGAGAUUGUUUGCCUGACGCCCCUGCCACGUGCCAAAUACAUGCUCAGCUCGCCGAAACGCCAGGUUUCGCCCAACAUAAAGCUCUUUGUGUCACCGCUGAAGGCUGACCACUUUGCGACACCUGAGCGCCACACUUACCACUUCAACCAAAGCCCAGCCAAGGAUCUCCUGAGGAUCAAUGAAACGGUUAGGACAUGCGUAGAUGUGGCGAGGAAGCGUAUCUUUGAUGGUGAUGCCUUGGAGGACGAGCCAUCCGCCAAGAAGCAGGUGUUCUUCAAGAAAAUCGAGGCAUUUGUGAGGGAUCGCCAGGGUGUCCAAAACGGUGGUUGCAGCUCAGAAAAGUAGACGACUAGGAAGUUGGAGCAACCGCUCCUGCUUCUUUCGAGUGUUGAACUUUGAAGUUGUUGCUUCUGAGCCAGGGCUGGCACCCACGAAUCACACACGAAUCACCCUUGUUGCGAGCCUCGUGCGACAUGCUUUUUUUUUCUGAUGUGCUGUCUUAGUCGAAAGGUUUGGAGCCACUGCACACGUGAAAAGAUCUGUUGUCGGGUCACAUACUGGUGCCUCCUGAAGAACACUUAUUACUCAUAAACCUCGGAGAUUGACAGUCAAACUGGUACUCGCACUCUUGAGAUUGCUCAAAGCAACAAACGUCACAGAAAUUUGUCAACAGAUUCUGCCAUUGAUGCAAUGAUCUCGGAACUUUUGGCAAGGACUGUACAAGGAGCACUACAGCAUGUGCAUGGCGGGACCAGCGUGUGGAUGACCCUGCUGGAGGGGGGGAUGUUUUUGUUGGCUCUGGAAUGAGGGCUUGAUGAGCAUUCAUGUGGUGUGCAGAAACCAUUGAGCUAUAUUUUUCUUUUUUGAAUGAGGAUCUUUGAUAGGUACAAGGUAACCCGUGUGGUGUGGUGUGUGUGUGUGGGUGCGUUUGGAAGUUCGCAGUUUGGUGUACUGUCCGGUGUCUUUUUUGUUUGCUGUCAGGUGUUGUUUUGACUUCAGAAUGAGGAUCUGAUAAGUAUUCAUGUCGCUCACGUGGUGUAGAGUAUAUAGCUUACUAUUAAAGGGAACACCUAAUUGGUAUUCAAACCCAUAUAACUGGAACGUGUUUAACUUCACAGGAAAAAAAAGUGCUUGAUGUGGUGUGCUUGGUAGAUGUAUAUUGGUAAAAAAUUGUUGCCAAGGCCUUCGUGUCAAAACUGAGCAAUCCCCUGUGGAGGUAGGUCAAAGCAUACGGCCGACAACGCUCUUAGCACUGCGCGAAGGUAGCGAGCUUGGCGCAGCGCCGGAAACACUGUCAGUCAUAUACUGUCAGUCGCAUUUGGUGCUGAAUCACGCGAAAUCU